AUGUACGGAGGUCUUGCGGGUUUAGCUGUCCAUGAGUCAUACAUGCAUAUGGACCAGAGUGCCUUUCAUUACGAUUACGAGACGUUACGGACCACGGGUGUCAUCCUUGCUGUGGUUAUGUUUGUAAGCGGGAUUCUUAUUGCUCUGAGUAAAAAGUUCAAAUGCUCAAAAUCCAAAUCUAGUCCAGUGGAAGGCCCUCAGCCACCAAAGACAGAAGUUCCACCUCAGACAGUGUAAAGCAUAUGGUGCGACAGGGCGGCCCAUUUCAGCGAGAGGAAAUGCUCAGACGCACAGAGUUACUUAUAGGAAUG